GGUUGAGGGAGCGGGGCAUGGAGAGGUUAGAGCUAAGAGAGGGGGUCAUUGAGAGAGUGGGUAUGGGGGAGAGAUUAAGAGAGUGUGUGAGGACUGAAGGGGGGAUCGGAGAGAGUUUAGGGAUUGAGGAGGGGGCCAUAGGUAGGGUGGGGAUUGAGGAGCGAUUCAGAGUGCGGCUGAGGUUGGGGGAGCAGGGCACGGAGAGGCUAGGGAUAGAGGAGGGGAACAUUGAGAGGGUGGGGAUUGAGGAGGGUGUCGGAGAGAGGUUUGGGAUCGAGGAGGGGGACAUCGAGAGGCUGGGCAUCGCGGACCGAGUUGAGUCCGGCCGUUCCUCACCCUUGGGGGUUAUGGCAGAGCCUGUGAGGGAAGGGAGAGACGGCGGGGAGGACGACAAGCCCCUGAAGUGCUCGGUCUGUGCCAAAGGCUUCCGUUACCGCUAUGGCCUGGAGCGGCACGAAUCCACCCACCGCACCGAGAGGCCCCACAAGUGCCCGCUCUGUGGCAAGGCCUUCAAGCAUGCCUCGGGCCUGGUCAACCACCAGCGCAUCCAUGCCCAGGAGCGCCCGCAUGCCUGCCCGACCUGUGGCAAGGCCUUCAAGUACCGGUACUGCCUGGCGCGCCAUGAGUGCGUGCACAGCCAGGAGCGCCCGCACACCUGCCUGACCUGCGGCAAGGCCUUCAAGCACCCUUCAGGCCUGCUCAAGCACCAGCGGGUGCACACCCGUGGGCGCCCCUUCGUGUGCCCGGUCUGCGGCGCCGCCUUCACCCACCCCUCCAUUCUCCAGCGGCACCAGGCGGUGCAUGCCGAGGACCGGCCCAUCCGCUGCGAGGAGUGCGGGCGUGGCUUCUACUACCCAUCGGCGCUGAGGAAGCACCAGCAGAGCCACGGCAAGGCUGGCGUCGGCGGGGCCCCGCCGUACCUGCGGACGUACCGGGCGCCGGGAGCCGGUGCGGUGCCGCCGGACCUGAAGCCGUGCAAGUGCGCCGAGUGUGGCAAGGCUUUCAAAAAGUCCUCGGACCUGGUGAUGCACCAGCGGGUGCACACAGGCGAGCGGCCUUACGUCUGCGCCCUGUGCAGCAAGGGCUUCAAGCAGCCGUCGGGCCUCAUCCGGCACCGGAUUGUGCACACAGGUGAGCGUCCCUUCAAGUGCCCGGUGUGUGAGAAGAGCUUCACCAUCCUGUGCACACUCAGGAAGCAUCAGAGGCUUCACACCGGCGAGAAGCCCUUCCAGUGCCCGGACUGCGGCCAGCGCUUCACCCAGUCUCACCACCUGGUCUCCCACAGGCGCAUCCACACCGGCGAGAAGCCCUUCGCCUGCCCGGUCUGCGGCAAAGCCUUCAAGCAGCCAUACCAGCUGGUGGAGCACCGGCGCGUCCACACGGGGGAGAGGCCUUUCGUCUGCCCGGUGUGCGGCCGCGGCUUCAUCCAGUCGUCCCACCUCAAGACUCACCAGCACCUGCACACCGGGGAGCGGCCCUUCAAGUGCGGUGACUGUGGCAAGGGCUUCAUCCUGUCGUCACACCUCAUCAAGCACCAGCGCAUUCACGCCAAAGAGUCCUACUGA